UCAGUAUCAGCUGUAACCGAGCUAGCGAACCAUCGAGCGCGUGUGACCCACAUGAGGCGCUGCGUAUAAAACGCUCCUCCUGGUAAACGGCUGUCACUCGCUCUAUCUCUGCUUAACGUCUUACACACAGAGAGACGUUUAGUCGCAGACAGUGCAAAGGGCUGAUGAAGUGAUUGACAACCUGCAUCUCCCCGAAGGCUCUGUUCUCGCGACACUUUCAACUCUUGCCAACUUUGUUUCUUCUUUACCGUCAAGUAUUUUCCUGAUUUCACGCAUCGUAGGAGCGCCUCCUCUGUAUAUACUGCGAUCGGAUCGGCUUGAGAUUGACUAGUCGUGUAUUGCAAGAUACUUAUUCUGGAGCUCAGAGGGCAUUGAGGAGGAAAAGCAGUCGAACCAGGAUCAUGGUCGUCGAGGAUAAAUUCGGGUUCGCCAUUGAUCGUGGCGGUACCUUCACCGACGUCUACGCGGAAUGUCCAAGCGGGAAGGUUCGCGUGAUGAAGCUCCUCUCGGUUGAUCCCAGCAACUAUGAGGACGCACCCCGCGAGGGAAUCCGCAGAAUUCUUGAGCAGGAAACGGGUGUCCCGAUGGACGGCGCUGUUGACACAUCGAAGAUCGCGUGGAUCCGGAUGGGGACCACUGUAGCUACAAACGCCCUAUUGGAGAGAAAGGGCGCGCGGAUGGCGCUUCUGGUUAACGAGGGUUUCAAGGAACUACUUUUCAUCGGUAAUCAGGCCCGGCCAAACAUUUUUGACCUGGAGGUCGUGACGCCGGAGGUUCUCUACUCGGAGGUGGUUGAGGUAGGUUGUAGGGUAGUUCCGGCUCAGCCAGAAAAAUGCUGCCUGGGGGACGUGAGCAGAAGUUGGAGACGCGUAAAGGGCACCACAGGCGAAGAAUUCCUGGUAACGAAAGAACUCAACGAACAGAGGCUCAAGAAGGACCUCGAAGGACUGAAGAAAAGGGGGAUCGAAAGUCUGGCUGUCGUUUUGGCGCACAGUUACUCAUACGCAGAGCAUGAGAUUCGCGUCGGUGAACUUGCCAGUGAAAUGGGUUUCACUGAAAUAUCUCUUUCACACGUUGUGAUGCCUAUGGCCAGAAUAGUUCCGCGUGGAUUCACUGCCGCAGCCGAUGCUUACCUCACACCUCACAUAAAGACUUACUUGCAGGGCUUCGCCUCUGGCUUCAAAAAUAAUUUGGAAGGAGUGAACGUCCUUUUUAUGCAGAGUGACGGUGGACUGACACCGAUGACGUCUUUCAAUGGGUCUCGAGCAAUUCUUUCCGGUCCUGCUGGCGGGGUUGUUGGAUACGCAAUGACGACGUACCAGAAAAUAAGCGACCUCCCAGUGAUCGGCUUCGACAUGGGAGGGACGUCGACGGACGUCAGUCGAUACGCUGGGGCUUUCGAACACGUCUACGAGAGCACCACUGCGGGAGUGACGAUUCAGGCAGCGCAGUUAGACGUAAAUACAGUGGCAGCCGGAGGUGGUUCGAUGUUGUUCUUUAGAUCGGGACUCUUUGAAGUGGGGCCACAAAGUGCUGGCGCUCAUCCCGGGCCUGCCUGCUACAAGAAGGGUGGUCCGCUCACGGUCACGGAUGCCAAUUUGGCCCUGGGACGCCUGCUGCCGGAGUAUUUCCCAAAGAUCUUCGGACCUAACGAGAACGAGCCUCUUGACGAGGCCGCCACGGUGAAGGCCUUCAAAGCCCUCACUGACGAGAUCAACACAUUCAUGGCAAGGCAAGCCGGUUCCGGGGCCAAGACUGUAGAGGUGAUGAGUGUCGAGGAAGUGGCGAUGGGUUUUGUGAGGGUGGCAAACGAAGCGAUGUGUCGCCCCAUCCGGGCCCUUACCCAGGCCAAAGGAUACGAUACAUCGCGGCACGUUCUUGCCUGUUUCGGAGGUGCUGGAGGACAGCAUGCUUGUGCCAUAGCUCGUUCCCUCGGCAUGGGGACCGUUUUUGUUCACAAGUACGCUGGGAUUUUAUCUGCCUACGGAAUGGCGUUGGCUGAUGUGGUCGAGGAGGCCCAGGAACCCAGCGUUGAGGCGUAUGAGGAAGGGGAAGCCUUCCAUCGAUUGGACGUGCGAUUCGAAGCUCUGAAGGAAAGGGUACGAGCAAAACUAAGGGAGCAGGGAUUCGAGGAGUCCUCCAUCUUCACCGAGCCCUUCCUUCACCUGCGGUACGAAGGCACAGAUUGCGCCCUCAUGUGUGCCCCGAAGACUGGGAAGUCGGGUACAGCUCAGGGUGAUUUUCUAACUACAUUUCUUGAGAGGUAUCAGACAGAGUUUGGCUUUACAAUGCCUGGUCGGAAAGUGUUCGUCGAUGAUAUCAGAGUUCGUGGAGUUGGAAAAACAGUCGUUUCCGAAGAGUCAGCCUUACCGGAGUCGUCUGGAAUCCCUACACCGGAAAAGACUACCCGAGUCUACUUCGAGGGCGGGUAUCAAGACACCAACGUCUAUCAAUUGCAUGCUCUGGCACCUGGACACACUCUUUCAGGUCCUGCCAUUAUCAUGGAUGGCCUUGGUACUUUGCUCAUCGAACCGAAUUGCUCAGCGGUCAUUACGUCGCGCGGAGACACGAUGAUCAAGAUCGGAGCAGCUCGCCGCAGCGAAGUUACACCAGAGCUCGAUGCGAUCCAGUUGAGCAUUUUCUCUCACCGUUUUAUGAGCAUCGCUGAGCAAAUGGGAAGGAUACUUCAGAGAACUGCGAUAUCGACGAAUAUCAAGGAACGUCUCGAUUUUUCUUGUGCAGUAUUUGGUCCGGACGGUGGUCUCGUCUCGAACGCUCCUCACAUUCCGGUGCAUCUUGGUGCCAUGCAAGAGACCGUCCAGUAUCAGAUAAAGGCGUUCGAGGGACGCUUCACUUCCGGUGACGUGAUCCUGGCCAAUCAUCCAUCCGCCGGUGGUUCUCAUCUUCCAGAUCUCACAGUUAUCACACCCGUCUUUCACACCGGCUCAGAGAAUCCAGUAUUUUUUGUGGCAAGUCGGGGUCAUCACGCCGACAUCGGAGGAAUAACGCCCGGUUCGAUGCCACCAAAUUCUACUACUCUUCUUCAGGAAGGUGCGACCUUUAAAAGUUUCUUGCUAGUUCACAAGGGGAUCUUCAGAGAAAAGGAGUUGACUGAGAAACUGAUGGAGCCUGGAAAGAUUCCAGGUAGUUCAGGAACUCGGAACUUGUCUGACAAUCUAAGUGACCUUAGAGCACAGAUUGCAGCCAAUCACAAGGGUACGCUUCUCGUGAACGAACUCAUUGACAUUUAUGGGCUGGACGUGGUUCAGGCGUAUAUGGGGCACAUUCAGAACUACGCCGAAGUCGCGGUUCGGGAAAUGCUGAAGGAGGUUGGACUGAGGACACUAAAGCAAACGGGAGUCACAACGCUCUUCGCCCAUGACUACCUCGACGAUGGUAGCGAAAUACGACUCCACGUUGAUAUCGACGUUGAGCGUGGCGAGGCGCUCUUCGACUUCACUGGAACGGGUUACGAAGUAUGGGGAAACUGCAACGCUCCACGAGCUAUCACUCUCUCAGCGUUGAUAUACUGCUUGCGGAGUAUCGUUGGGCGAGACAUGCCACUGAACCAGGGCUGUCUGAAACCGGUGCGAGUUAUCAUCCCCAAGGGGUCGCUGCUCGAUCCUUCCGAGGACGCGGCCGUUGUUGGUGGGAACGUCCUGACGUCCCAACGCGUCGUCGACGUUGUACUCGCCGCCUUUAAGGCUUGCGCUGCCUCCCAGGGCUGCAUGAACAACGUCACACUUGGGACCGAGAAAUGGGGCUAUUACGAGACUGUGGCUGGCGGCAGUGGAGCGGGGCCGACUUGGGAUGGCCGAGGCGGAGUUCACUCACACAUGACAAACACGCGAAUCACAGACCCGGAGAUCUUGGAACAACGGUACCCGCUCAUCCUGAAGAAAUUCACCUUGCGUGAAGGCACGGGGGGCUCUGGAGCUCACAGGGGUGGCGACGGAGUGAUUCGAGAGAUUCUCUUCAGGGCUCCGAUGACGUUGUCAGUACUGACGGAGCGACGGGUCCACAAUCCACCGGGACUUGAGGGUGGACUUCCAGGUGCCCGCGGAAAAAACACUUUGAAGAAGGCUGACGGUCGCGCCAUUAAUCUUGGGCCGAAGACUGCGGUUCCCGUUUUUCCUGGGGAUAUCUUCACCCUGGAAACGCCUGGCGGUGGAGGCUACGGCGCUCCUAGUUCCAACGGGUUUGCAAUCAGCGCUAAGAAGACUGUAACGGGAAAGUUUGUCGAACGUGGAAGCAUUUACGAGUACCGAAAGGCCCAAGAGUCCGUCUAAAUUCUGGUCUUCAACUGCAACCUGCUCGCCUAAUUCUUCUACGGUAGCAAUUCGGUGAAUAAUAAUUGGUAAUAUUCUAAAUGGAAAUAACUGUAUCGAAAGA